GUGGAGGUAAAAUUAGAGUCAUACAGCGUGGGGGGUUAUUUAAGAAGGAAAGCAUUCUUCUCAAUUAUACCUUCAUCCUCUCAUAGAACAAGGAUGGAAGCAUAUCACAGCGGGUACGAAAGAUCAUCAAGCAGUAAUCUAGAAUGGAGCAGAGAACUAGGAGAUACGGAAUAUCCCAUGGUAAUGGCAAUCGGAGGGGAUGAAGCAAGUAAGCCAGGAAAGAGAAGGGAAAAUCUUCUGAUCCAUGCAAUAGCCCAAUUCACAACAGCAACUAUUUCAGUAGAAGUGCUGUCAACUCAGUUCAAAUCUGCUUGGACUGCUCUCAGGUUGUUGCAUUCUCCCGAUAUUGCUACCGAAUUCGAAGGCAAGAAUAAGAUUUAUAGAUCGCCUGCAAAUACAACAGAGUUGCAAACAUGGCUAGAUCGUACGUUUGAAGUGAUCGAUAUAGGCGAUGAGCAAGGGUCAGAGAGCGUUAGACAGGCUACGGCGAGGAAGAUCAAAGAGCGUCAAGAACAGAUCGAGCUGCUGCCUACAUGCACAGUCAUCUUACACCAAAAAGGAUCACAAGUUGUAGAAGGAGCUGUGAUUCUAUUUAUUAGUCAUUGGAGGAUUGAAGCAGGUGGAGCAUUGGCUUUGAUUGAUCGUUUGGUCGAUAUGACUGUCCAACUCGUUCGAGAUGGUGAAGAUUGCGUUUAUGCCAAAGCUUUGAAGAAGUUCACUUAUGAUGGAAGUGAGGUCGAUAAACUUACGCCAACUGUAGAGGAUGCAUUGAUGCCCAAAGACACUCAAUCCUCUUCUGCAUCAAAGGAAAGGGUGGCAAGAAGGCUAAAGGAAAUGAGUGACAAGAUGUCAAACAAUUUGCAUGUUGCCAUAACAAGUGACGGAGCCAAUGCUGAUAAGUCGCCAUAUAAGAUCAACGAACGGGUCUAUUCAGCUUCGUUUACAUCCACAUUGGCCAAAAAAUGCAAAAACGCCAAUGUUUCUGUGACUUCAGCUAUCCAUGCUGCCUAUCUUUGUGCCUUGUACACAGAAGCGACAGACAAACAAGAGAAGGUUACUUAUGCUUCAAUCAUGCCAGCUCAAGUGCGUACUCGGAUAAACGAUGGUAAAUCUCUAUUGCGUCAACAAGGAUGUUGGAAUGCUGCUCUGAUGCUCUUUUUGGCGCUUGAUCUUGUUCCGAUACAAGAUGGUGUUUUGGACUUGAUUUCGGUUGCAAGAGCACUCAAGCAACAAUAUCAAAUAGCAACUGGAAGAGACUGGUUAUACGAAGAUGCACGUCAAACAUCUGUCCAACUGAUCGAAUUCUUUACCCAAACGAUUGGAAAUGCGCCUACGAAUAAGACAGCGAGAGUAUUGGAUAAAGAAGUGAUUAAUAAACAACAUGGAGAUGAAAAGGCGAACCUUCAGAUAAACAAAAUUUCUGCUUGGGCCGAUUCAAUCGCUUCUGGAAUGGUCAUGCGUGUUUGGACAUUUGACGGUCGAUUAAAUAUUCAAUUAUCAAGUAAUCAAGCAUGGCAUAGCGAAGAACAAAUCGAGAGACUUCUGGAUCGCACCGAAGAGGAGCUAAAGAAAGCUUUUGAUUUCGUUGUCCGUGCGGAAGAACAGAUUAUAGAUGCAUAUUAA